UUUCUGGAAAUUUGAGAUUGAUACGCUUUAGCCUCAAGCUUCCUUUCUGUUUCACCUCCAACCUUUCAUUCCUCUCACUCUCUCCAUGACGGAAAGCGACGAAUGUUCGAGCUGAUUUCUGACUUCGUUUUUGGUUGCUCUGGGAAUCAUAGUUAUACUAAUUUGGAUGUCUUAGAUUCCUCCGGUUGUUUAUGCAAUUAAGCUCAUUUUGGCUUGGGUUGAAACAUUUUGCACUAAAGCUUCGGGUGAACUUGUUAAUUCUUGUGUUCAGUUGAGCUAUUAUGGUGCGAGAGCAGAGGGUAGAGUCCUUCUACACCAGGCUACGCGAGUCGGCAAUUGCUUCGUCUUCUUCGCCCUUACUCAUAUUCCCAUCGACGUCUGAUGUGGACUCGCUCUGCGCAUUGAAAAUCAUCUUCCACGUUCUCGAAUCUGAUUCGGUCCGAUAUGCAUGUUAUCCUGUGUCCUCGUUUCAGGAGAUUCACAGAUAUGCAGGACCCAGUUUAAAUUCAUCUGACGAGCCCGUUUCCAUCCUGUUGAUAAAUUGGGGGUGCCACAGGGACUUGAGGAAAAUUUUGAAUCUGGGUCCUUCUGCACGUAUUUUCGUGGUUGAUAGCCACCGUCCAAUUCAUCUUCACAAUUUAAGCGAUGACAAUGAUCGGGUGGUCGUGCUAUAUACACGAGAUGAUGAGCAGCAGGCUGAUUUGGCCUAUGAUUUUGAUGUCUCGGCUUUGGCUAAUGCUACUGACUUAAAUAGUGACAAUGAGGAGGCUGAAGAGGAAUCUGAUAGUGAUGACGACAAUGACAGUGAAAGUGAAGACGAGGGACAUGGGGGUGGAUCCAGGAAGCGAAGGCGAGUUUCUCAGGAUAAUGAACAAGACCCAAUUCAGCUUUUCCGAAAGCUGAAAAAGGAAUAUUAUCAUAUGGGUACAUUUCAUGGGAAGCCAUCUGGGUGCUUGAUGUAUGAGUUAUGCCAUUUUCUGCGGAAGAACACAAAUGAACUGCUGUGGCUCGCUUGUGUAUCUUUGACGGAUCAGUUUAUUCAUGAGAGGCUAAGUGACGAACGAUACAAAGAUGGGGUUAUGGAGCUUGAGCAGCACAUCAACAGUUCGGGCAAUUUGGAUGCGGUAACUUGUGUGACACUGAAAGAUGGGACAAAGAUCCGGGCCCCUAAUUCAACGAGAAUCACAUACGAAGAGGAACCAAGGCUUAUGUUGCUAAAAGAGUGGAAUCUGUUUGAUUCAAUGUUGUGUUCUUCGUACAUUGCGACUAAGUUGAAGACUUGGAGCGACAAUGGGUUGAAAAAGCUGAAUCUUCUGCUAGCCCGGAUGGGGUUCGCUCUUGCUGAUUGCCGACAGAAGUUUCAAUAUAUGAAUAUAGAAGUCAAACGCAAAAUGAAAGAUGAAUUUGAGCGAUUUCUACCCGAGUAUGGGCUGACUGAUUUCUAUUAUCGAAGUUUCUUAAGAAUACAUGGCUAUAAUUCAAGGGUGUCUGCAGCAGAUGUGGUAUAUGGUGUGACUGCUCUGCUUGAAUCAUUUGUGAAAUCAGAUGGCUCGUGUGCUUCCAAGCAAUUUGGUGUAGCUUAUGAUGCACUGUCCUUGAGCAAUCUUGAUAAGCUAAAAUCUGGAAUGCAGCAUGCAAUCAAGAUUCAAAGGGCCAUUCUAAGACAAGGAAGCACAGCGAUAACCAAGAGUGGCUGUAUAAGAAGUGGAAGGAAAUUCAGAUGGGUAAAAAUUGAAGAUUCUGCCGACACAAAGUUACUUGGUUACCCCCAAGCUUUGACUAAAUUCUGUUAUUUUCUUAUGGAUGCUUUGCGAGAGAAAGGAGCAAGAAUGAAGCCUCUGCUAUGUGCUUGCUUAUCUCAAGAACCUAAUAAAAUGUUGAUUGUAGGUGUUUGUGGGAAGCCUCGUCUCGGUGCAGGUAAAGGAAAUGCAUUUGGGAUUGCAUUUAGAAACGCUGCCGAAGAGAUUGGAGCAGACUUCUUUCAUGAAUUGUUUGAAUCUUCAUGGAUUGUUUUAAAUGCAUCAGCAGUCAAUUCCUUCAUGGUUAGGUUGACUGAGAGGCUAUGAUAUAGCAGUUCAGCCUAAGAUCCUUCAAAGAAGUAUGUUCUCUUAGUGCAUUUCCAAGCCUGAGAUUAUUAAUAAAAUACAGCAGGUGACAACUGAUAUUGCAAGAAAAUAUGACUUUGUUGUAUUAUGAUUUAUAGACUGUUGAAUUAUGAUUUAUGACAUCCUUUUUAAUCUUUCCAAAUGUGUAUUCCAUAAUCCCCGCGUUUCUUCAUUUGGCACUCUUGUGAAGCUACUGCUUUAGUUUCAAUGAUGAAGCUCACAGAUCAAGUGCCAAAUAUUCAAUUGAAAUUUAAAUCAGUAAAAUAUUUGCUGGUAUACAAGUUAAUAUAGAUACAGAUGCGCUCAGAGAUGCUAUUGCUUCAAAGACAGACGGUAUUUCUCCAAGCUGCUCUGGGAUGGAUUACAGCAUAUGCAAAGGUAUUUUGAAUUUCACAAUCACGUGUGCCACGCUUCGAUGUUGCAAGCCAUGGCUCUGGAGCUUCUUUACCAUUGACAUCAAUCAUAGCUACAACAGUCACCAACACUAUUUGAGCUAUCCAUUAUCAUAAAAUUUGUUCUUACGUAAUAUUCUGUCAAUUUUAUGCAUUAUUGAUGUCAUGUUAGGUAUAAGUGUUAUCUUUGUCUAAGGUACUCCUUGAUAUAUUCCCAUUCCUCACUCGGGUCAAAAGUUGCCAACUUCAGGAUUUACUUGUACAUCUCUUAGAUGUCUUAUAUUUAAACAAAUAUUUUACUUCCAAUGGAAUGAAUUAUUCAUUGGCUCUUGCAAUGGGAUAGUGCUGAUAUCUAUUUGUGUCUACUAUCUAUUUGCCCAAGUAAUUAGUUUUGGCAGAAAGCAAGAUUAGCUUUCUAUCCCAUUAGAAUGUCA